AUGGCUCAAAAGUCAGGAGAUGGCGCUGCCCCCCCUCCUACUCCUCAUGCCACGGACAUGACUCCCAGAGCCAUAGCCUCUGUUAUCUACUGGAUGAAAACGACGCUUUCGCACAUACGCGAACAAGAGUUGCUUCGAUAUGUGCCCGAUGACGACGUCAUCACCUUGACCCCCAACGAGGUUGCAGCUAUGUUACGCCAGCCUACAACAUCUUCUGCAUGGCAAUACAACCCCCUUGAUGAAGAGAUGCUCGAUGAGCAAAUAGGCGACACUUCGUCUAGCGAUGUCAGCAUGGGCGACACUUCGUCUAACGAUGUCAGCAUGGGCGAAAGGCCAGAAAUCCAAGAGCAAUCACUAUUGGUGGAUGGCGACGACAACAAUGACGUCUUGUGUCAAUAUGAUAUCUACGAGGGAGAGGUGAUAAUGUGUGAUGUCAGCGAUAUCGACGUUUGUAACGUGUGUGAUGACAGCGGUAUCGAUGUUUGUGACGACGGUUCCGAAGAUUGUCAUAUGACUAGCAACAGCGAUGACCAUAACGACGAUCUGCUGGACGACCUCUUCGAAGGCAUCAUCGACAUGGACAUGGUUGACUGUUAA